AUGCAAGCGGUUGGAAACAACUAUGCAGAGGAAACCUGCCUAAAAAACCGCAACGUCACUGCACCUGGUGCAAACGAUUGUAUUGAAGAUGAAAAUUUCGAAAAAUCCGGGGUAAACUCGAAUUUACCCAACCCGCAGAAUUUGGACAACGACAUCCGAAGUCCAACUACUUCCAACCAAAACCUUGAGAAAGGAAUUGAUCAGAACACUUCCGAUCCACCAUCUGACGAAAGCUCACUCAUGGGGGAUGAGAAGGAUGACUUCCCUGAAGGGGGUUUGAAGGCUUGGUCGGUUAUUGUGGGAUCAUUCUGUGGCUCGUUUUCAGUCUUCGGAAUUCUCAAUAGCAGUGGUAUUUUACUCGAGUACUUCAGCACUCACCAAUUGAAGGAUUACGAUUCCAGUCAAAUAGGAUGGAUCUUCGGAUUGUCCCUCUUUUUGACAUUCUUUUGUGGUGCACCAAUUGGUCCUAUCUUUGAUGCAUAUGGUCCAAGAGUUCUGAUCUUCAGUGGAAGCAUUUUGUUGGUUUUAUCCAUGAUGUUGCUUGGGUUAUGUACUCAAUAUUGGCACUUCUUUGUGGUGUAUAGUGUACUCAAUGGUAUUGGUGGAUGCUUGGUCAAUACUCCAUGUAUUGCUGCAAUCGGUCAUUACUUCCUCGUCAAAAGAGGCAACGCCACCGGUAUCGCAAUGACUGCUGGAAGUAUUGGUGGGAUCAUCUUCCCCCUUAUGCUACAGCGUCUCUUCCCUACAAUAGGUUUUGCAUGGGCGACUCGAAUCCUAGGCUUUAUGCUCCUCUUCCUUCUCAUACUCGCAAACCUCCUUGUGGAAAGUCGUCUCCCUAGAAAGAAACUUCCUAGCAUUGGUAGUAUUCUUCCAGACCUGAAUGCCUUCAAGGAUCCACCUUUUUUCUUCAUCACCAUCGCGAUUUUCCUGCUCGAAUGGGGUAUCUUUGUCCCUCUGACAUACAUCACACCUUACGUCGUAUCUCAUGGUCAAUCUUCAUCCUUCGGCUUUUACAUCGUUGCCAUUCUUAACGCCGGCUCAUUCUUUGGUCGAUUCGGAGCAGGUUGGGCAGCCGAUCUCAUUGGCCGUCUAAAUACACUUAUUCUCUCCGUCGCUCUUUGCGUAAUUGCAUGUCUAGCUCUUUGGUUACCAGCCAACAACUCCACAGCUAUGGUCGUCGUUUUCUCCGUCAUCUUCGGAUUCGUUAGCGGUAGUAAUCUUAGUUUGAGUCCAGUAUGCGUGGGUCAGAUGUGUAAGACUGAAAACUAUGGUCGCUAUUAUUCCACAUGCUGGAUGGUGGUUGCGUUUGGAACUUUGACUGGACUACCUAUUGCGGGACAGAUUCUCACCGCUAGUGGAGGCGAUUAUACGUGGCUGAUCGUUUUCGCUGGACUCUCUUAUGCAUUGGCGGGAUUCUUUCUCGUUGUUGCGAGAGUUCUAGCGGUGGGAUGGUCGAUUCGUACAGUCUACUAA